GUCAGUGCUACUAGAUUUCUUGUGACCGCAAGCUUGCGGACCCGAUGUUCUGCAAACCCGGCGUCACGGUGACAAUCACGGCCACGAACCUUUGCCCGCCUAACUAUGCACUCCCGAGCGACAAUGGAGGAUGGUGCAAUCCUCCGAGGCCGCACUUCGACAUGGCGCAGCCGGCCUGGGAGAAGAUUGGUGUGUACAAGGGUGGCAUCAUCCCUAUCAUGUACCAGAGGGUUCCAUGCGUGAAGAAAGGUGGGGUGAGGUUCAAGAUCACUGGUCAUGAUUACUUUAACCUAGUUAACGUAUUCAACGUGGGAGCUGCCGGAUCGAUCAAAUCGAUGGAUGUCAAGACCUCUGAUUCAGACGCAUGGGCGCCAAUGGCUCGUAACUGGGGCGCGAACUGGCAAUCUCUAGCGAAUCUUACCGGGAAGAUGCUCUCAUUCAGAUUGACCAACACAGAUGGGCAGACGCUUGUGUUCAACAAUAUUGUGCCAACUGGAUGGACGUUUGGGCAAACAUUUGCGAGCAAAUUGCAGUUUUAACUGAUCACU